ACAUCAGCAACCAAAUCUAACAUCAACAACCAUGGCGUCCAGAUACUCCCAGAAUCAGCACCGCGACAGAUCAAGCAGUCUUUAUGGAUCGCACCCCGAUCUAUCAUCUUCAAAUGAGUCUACGCAGGCGUACGACUCGCGCGGCGAUCGAAGGAGUAUCAAAUCGUCUCAGUCUAUGCAGUACCAGCAGAUGGAUCGAAUGCUACCACGUGGGUCUCAAGUCGAGGACAAGGACAUUAAAGUGACGAAAGCUUUCAGCCGUUGGCUAGGAAAGCACAAGCCCAAGAAUGCUGCGAGCACUGAGAGGCUUCGUAUAAGUGAACCCCAUGCUAUAUCAUUGCCGCAAGCUCCGCUGCGCCCUAAGCAUUCGAUUAACGAGCAAAAGCUGCUGCCAAUAGGCGGAUCUCGGAUCUUACCCGAGCUGGAAUCAUCAAAGCCGCCUCUAAGGAACCCAAGUAUUCAAAAGAAAAAUCUCGGUAAAUCUAAAGAUGCACUAGGCUCAUACCCAGUCGGCGCCUGGCUCGAUGAUUCGAAGAAGACGCACCCCCCUAGACAAAUAUUGUUAAAGUCUUCGGCCGAAUAUAGCGAAGAAGAUGCUCCACGAGUUGUUAGAUCUAGACCGUCAUCUCGUAUUACCUCAAGCUCGACGUUCUCCGAGCCUGAGCCUACACGUGACAUCAAGCCCAGUCUGCCGGCGGAUGUCAGAGCUGAGCGACGGAAAGGGCGGAUAUUCUUAAAUGGUAAUCCCUCCAGAAGUCUUUAUGAAUUCCCCGAUCCGGAAGUUUGGAGUAACGAAGAUGGUGAUGAAAGCGACGACGACGACGACGAUGACGACCAAUUUUGGGAUGACGCUGGUUUUGAUGACUAUAACUUUGACGAUGCUGGCUUUGAAGAGGCCGUUUUCGAAAGUACGGGUGAGCAAGAUCUCACUGACGGUUCCAUUCCAGAGAUCAUAGUUUCUAGUCCGAGUGACGAAGAAAGUGAGUCGAAGAGACGUAUGAGUUCCGAGGACCUGCUGAAACCCGACGACGUCUACAAGGUUCUUUGGAAGCAGCAGACCAAAGAAACACGCUUCUUGAACGAAACCCAGCGCUUUCUACUACCUCUGGCUUGGUUGGUGGCAGAGGCAGAAAGAAUAGAUGUAAAUGACUUGCCUGCGUUGGAGAUGGCUUUGAAGUCUAUCAUUGAGGACCGUCAGAAGCUCAUUGACCUCUUUCCCCUGGCGAAGAUAUUAGCCAAGGAUCAAAAGGUUGAUGUUAACGACUUCAAAUCAUUGCCUCGGAUGUUAAAAAAUAUCAUAGCGGACCGCGAUAAUGCUAAAAGGUUGGCCGAGUACCACAGAGUAGCAAGGAGAAAGCUCGAAUCAAGAGUCGCGCAGUUAGAGAUGGAGAAAAAUGGCGAAAGCCCGGACGAUGAAGAGUAUAUCCGGUACUGAAAACCUCCUUGGCCACCACCCAAGGUAAUUAUGGAAGAUGAGUACCUGAUUCUUAAGGUCUUAAAACAUACUGUUACUUGGUAAUUCUAAAGAGCAGCAGGCAAGGACCAUUUGCGACUGAUAGAGGUAUAAUUCGGAACAUCUCUCUGACCGUAAGUACUCAUUAACCUAAACCCCCUUCCACCAAUCCCCAAUAUUUAUACCAUCACCCCUAUUUUCAAUUUCACAUAUCCACAUGGCUUUAAUAAGCAUCCAACUCCCCUUACCACUUUAAUAUUGGGAGUAGUUAAGAAUCACCCACCUACAGGAUUCUGUAAAUCGACAACGAUGCCAUAGCCUCCCUAAUCAAUAUGAGGUUACCGGGCACCGCAUAUUAAUUGACGUCUUAUCAUGAAUACCUAUACAGUAUAAGAACGUACUUGAAUCUUUCUAUUCAAAACAACGAGCGGGUCAUACGAGACCUAGCGAGUCGCCAUCACUUCGUUAACGACAUUAUUUUUCCAUCUCUUCCUCGACCUGUGCGGGAGGUAAGAGAUACGAAAGCCAUUCAUUUUAGCACGUUAUUUCAUCGGGCCGAGUAGAGAUGCUCGGGUACGAAUCUUAUAAUACAGAAAACCUAUCCUCCCGGUCUGGCCUGGCGGGUGGACCGGUGGACGUUACGCUCGUUACUUUCCAUAUUUACCUACCCAGGUAUCUUCACUCAUUUACGACAUUGUUUAAUUAUUAUUAAAGUUGUUU